AGUACAUAUUGUCCACCACAUUGCUGCAAUCCAAGCGUCCAUCAUGACCAGUGCUCCGUUACCGAGAACCUUCAUCGACUUUGAGGUCGGAGGUGAGCCAAAAGGGCGCGUCGUGUUUGAGCUUUUCGCAGACCGCGUUCCGAAGACAGCUGAAAACUUUCGGGCACUAUGUACGGGUGAAAAGGGAAUCUCUCCCAUCUCAAAUGUUCCUCUACAUUACAAGAACUCGAUUGUCCAUCGAGUCAUUGACGAAUUCAUGAUUCAAGCUGGGGACUUUACGAAGCGAAAUGGGUCAGGUGGAGAGAGUAUCUACGGCGGCAUGUUCGCGGAUGAACGAUUAGAAGGCGAGGGUUGUCAAGUGGACAAGGCGGGUUUGCUCGUCAUGGCGAACAGAGGACCAAACACCAAUGGAUCUCAAUGGUUCGUGACGCUUGCACCGGCUCCUCAUCUGACUGGAAAGCACGUCGUGUUUGGACGGGUGAUUCAUGGAUUCGAAAUUAUCGAGGCGAUAGGGAAAUUGGCGACGGACGAUAGGGACCGUCCGUUGUCACCUGUCACUAUCAUUCACUGUGGCGAGCUUGAAUUGAGGAAAGCACCCGCGAAGAAGUUGAGGACGACGAGUCCGACAUCAUCUGUGGAGAGGUCUCCUCCUCGCAGAAGAGCUGCAUCACGGUCAGUCUCACCUCCUAGGCGUGCGAUACGUAGUCCACAGUCGGACGGCGAGCGCAGGGAAAGAGCGCAUAUCGACAGUGAAGAGGACAGCGAGAGGGAAGAACGCAGACGCAGAAGGGAGAGAAAGAGGCGUGAGAAGGAGGACAGACGGGAGAGUCGGAAGGAGAGGAAGAGAGCUGGAAGGGAAGAAACGGAGGCGGAACUGGACGCAAGACUUGAACGCGAGGAGAAGGAGCAGCUCGAGAAGGCACGUCUGGCAAAGCUGGAGGCGAUGAAGAAACAGAUCGAAGAGGAUCGUCAACGAGCUCAAGAUUCUGGGGAGGUGGUGUACAAAGGGCGCGGUGCGAUGCGGUAUCUUGAUCCGGAAUCCGCUAUGGCUAAGCGCAUGCCGACCAAUUACGAUUCUCGUACACCGGACAUUCGUGCCAGGCAUCCUCCGAGGGGUUUUGGUGGUCCCCGCGGUGGGGUCAACGGCAGUGGUCCGGGAGAGGGAGGUAGAUGGGAGAGAGGGAUGGAUGUGAGACCCAAUUUUGCAGCGGAAGGAGAGAGGUUCAGACGUGGCAGCGAACGAGGGGAUCGAGCGAGCGAGAGGGACAGACAAGAUCGAGAACUCGACCGGUACAAGGUCAAAGGCCGCUCAGGAACAGGAGACGAUAUCGGUCGAGAGGGACGUAAGAGGGACUGGGAUGAUUGGCGAUCGGGUCGAGGAGCAAUGUACGGAGAAGGUAGGAGAGUCGACGAGCAAAGACGGAGUAGUAGGAGCCGCACCAGGUCGAGAAGUGCCAGCCCGAGGCGAGCAAGCCUGGACCAUCGAAGCCCGAGCCCAAAAAUGCGAGCUGAGAGUCCUCUCCGUGGAGACAAGAGCGAUGCGAGCGGAAGCGACAUGGUGAUGGAGGAUGAUGAUUGACCCGCUUGUCAGUUAU